CACGGAAAUUAUGAAACUACUUUCUUUUUCAAAUUUUUUUUUUUUUGUAGCGGAGAAUUGCGUUGUAUUAAUGCGCUGCACCAUACGCUGAGGAAAUUACAGAUAGGGUUACUGGGUAUGUCUACCAGGUAGAAUUCAUUCCUUAUGCGUGAUUGGCUUGUCGGUGUUAUCACGUGAUAUUACCGAGGUAAACUAUGAACAGGCGCUACAAUCGGAAACGUUCGAGCGAAAGCAUCAAGAUGAACUCUGAUUUGAAAAUAGUCAAUGUCACAUCAAAACUGCAGUCAGUCAUAACGUGCCUGAACAAUGAACCACUGAUACAACGGCAGUUGGUUGGAAUUGAAUCGAAAUGCGGAAAUUUUAUAUCGGCGUUCAAAGCAGUGUUAAGAAACGAAGGAGGAAAUCUUAACCGCGAAAAGCAGAUCCUCUUGGCCACAAGAUCGAUUGAAACUCUUGCUAUUGAGAAACCGCUUAAAUCACUUCAUGAAAUCGGCAAAGCAACUAACAAAUUGAAAGGGCAGAUAGGCGAUGUAGAAGUCGAGGUUGGAAAUACUUUAGAAGAUUGUCGGUCAAGAGUAAGAACCAAACAAAACGAGCUGUCAUCGAAGAAAAAUGAUAUCGAGAAAACUAAGGAGGUGAUCAGUCUGUUGGAAAACGAAAAAAAGUCAUUGGAGCGCGACAAAGACGAUUUGCUUCAAAACGCAAAUGCAAAAGAGGAAGAAGCUAGACAACUACGCAAUAAAGCUGAAGGCAAUAAAAUUGUAGGUGCAAGUGCGGGCAUAGCUGGAGGACUAUUUGGCGUGGCGCUUGCACCUUUCACAGCUGGUGGCAGCUUGGUAGCCCUUGCAGCUGGAGUCGCGACUAUGGCUCUUUUACUAGCAAAUGCCGCCGACUUGGAAAGUGACGCUCGAAUAAAAAGAGAUCUUGCUUCACAAAAGGAAAACGAGGCAAAACGUGUCUCACAAACUAUUCGAGAUCGUGAAAGAGACUGUAGAAACAAGGAGCAAGAAGUGAGAAACAUUGAAAACGAGAUAAAUCGUCUGACAAACGAACAAAGAAAACUGUCGGAGGUAUCAAACCUUCUUUCAAAUUUUGUGGGCUCUAUUAUGCGGCUUCAGCUAGUGUUUCAGAACGCUGAGGUGACAUUUCGGGAUACAUUACAACAGACAAAAGUGCUGGAGGUUUUUGACAAAGAAUGUACUAAGGAGAAGGAGUUGCUAGAUAUGGCGAAUUCUCUUUUGGACAAAACAAAGGACCGAUGGAAUACCAUGGAAAACGAGCUUGUACAACAAGGACUGGCCUUGAAAGCCGGCGAUUCCCGUCUUACUAUUCUUUAAGUGGACGCUUACGAGCCAGUAUAACAAAGACUGGCCCUAAAACCCGGCGAUUCACGUAUUACUAUUCUUUGAGGGGACGCUAACGAGCUUUUACAACAAGGAUUGUCUCUGAAGGCCGGCGGUUCCAAUCUUACUUUUCUUGAGGUGACUCUAACGAGCUAUUGCAAAAAGGACUGGUCAUGGAGGCCGGUGAUUCCCGUCUUACUAUUCUUUGAGUGGACGCCUACUAUUUGAUUAGACUAACACGUUUUAGCAAAGCCACAAUGUCAAUCAUUGUUCCAUAGGUGUCCUUCAAAUAGCUUGGACGCUAUUAUAUGGCCUUUCAGCCCUAUUAUAUUGUUUAAAAGUAAUAAUAUGACCUUUCAAUGAAAGUGUUCAACUUGAAAAAAUAUUUUUUUUACCUUGAACGCGCACGUCUUAAAUGCAAGAAGCGUUUUCAUUGUACGGACUUCAAUCGACUGUUCCAUUGCUGACCAAUCAAAUCGGCUUUAAUAUCGUUAAUGAUGUAAUUAGAUGGCUGUCGAAUGUGAUUGAAAGUGAAAGGUGAUUUACAAAAAAACACAUUUGAUUUGGAUUAAUACGCGUCUGAAUCAACGUUUCAGAACGGUAUCGAUGCAUAUUCAAGCUACUUUUUGUUUCGCAUGCGCAAAGAUUGCAUUUCAGUCAAUAGUAACGGGUUUUUUGUUGUUGUUGUUGUUUUUUUGUUGUUUUUUUGUUUUGU